AUGGGGGAUGGGAACCAAUCCAUGGCCACGGAUUUCAUUCUCCUGGGCCUGUUCGCUCGUUCGGGGUCCCAUCAGCUUCUCUUCUCCCUGGUGGCUGCCGUGUUUGCCAUGGGCGUCCUGGGCAACGCUGUUCUGCUCUUGUUGAUCCGCGUGGACUCCCGGCUCCACACUCCCAUGUACUUCCUGCUCAGCCAGCUCUCUGUGUUUGACAUUGGCUUCCCCCUGGUCACCAUCCCCAAGAUGGCGUCGGACUUUCUCCAGGGAGAAGGUUCCAUCUCUUUUGGGGGUUGUGCAGCUCAAAUAUUCUUCUUGACACUUAUUGGGGUAGCUGAGGGCGUCCUCCUGGCCCUCAUGUCGUACGACCGUUAUGUGGCUGUGUGCCACCCCCUGCAGUAUCCUGUGCUCAUGAGACCCCAGGUGUGUCAGCUCAUGGCGGGCUCCUCCUGGCUGGCAGGUGUGCUCAACGCCUCCAUCCAGACACCCAUCACCCUGCACUUUCCCUACUGCGCCUCCCGCACGGUGGACCACUUCUUCUGCGAGGUGCCAGCCCUGCUGAAGCUCGCCUGUGCCGAUACCUCUGCCUACGAGCUGGUGCUGUCCACCUCGGGGGUGCUGAUUCUCCUGUUCCCGCUCGGCCUCAUCGCCACGUCCUAUGGCCACGUGUUGGGGGCCGUUCUACGCAUGCACUCAGAGGAGGCCCGAAACAAGGCCUUGGCCACCUGCUCCUCGCACAUCACCGUAGUGGGACUCUUCUAUGGUGCAGCUGUGUUCAUGUACAUGGUUCCUGGUGCCUACCACAGCCCCCAGCAGGACAACGUGAUCUCCCUCUUCUACAGCCUGGUCACUCCAUCCCUCAACCCCCUUAUCUACAGCCUGAGGAACCGGGAGGUGCGGAUGGCUUUGAUCAAAGCGCUCAGCAGAGCUGGGCUCAGGAGAAAGUGA